AUCAACAUCUUCCCAACCGCUGCUUCUUGAACAUCCAACCGAUGCUCCGUGAACAAAUAUAUGCUGUAACAUUCCAGUUUGGCUCGUGUUGAGUUUUCCAUCGAAAGUUUGCAGGGAGAUCUAGGCAUCUCGUUGACCAUCCUUUUGGGUGAGUUCCUGUUAUUACUGCAUACUUGAUUCUUGUUUUGAUUUCAACAUCCAAAAGGUCUAUUAAUUCAAAGGUUGCAAGGUUCUCUAAAAACAUGGAUAGAAGGCUAAUUGAGGCUGCUCAGAGAGGAGAUAUUGAUUACUUGCUUUGCUUGGUUAAAGAGCAUCCCCUUGUGCUCAGGACUGUUGCAUUGGCAGGUGGAGAGACUCCAUUACACCUUGCUUCCAUGGCUGGUCACCUUGAUUUUGCCAAAGAGAUCAUAAAUUUGAGGCAAGAAUUCGCUACAGAACUGAACCAAGAUGGUCUUAGCCCCUUGCAUAUUGCCUCGGCUAAUGGAGAUCUAGAGAUUGUCAGGGAACUUUUGAGAUUAGAUCAUAAUCUGUGCCUACUCAAGGGAAGAGAGAGGAGAAUUCCUCUUCACUAUGCAGCAAUCAAAGGUAGAGUUGAAGUCAUAAAAGAACUGCUUUCUGCUGCUGCAGAAAGUAUUGCAGCCGUGACAGCUCGAGGCGAGAAUUCUCUUCACCUUGCAGUGAAGAACAACAAAUUUGAAGUCUUUGAGGUUUUUGUCGAACACCUAAAGCAAAUCAACGUGGAGGACAUCAUAAAUCAUAAAGACAAUCAAGGCAACACCAUCUUGCACCUUGCAGCCUUGACAAAACAAUACGAGGUGUUUGAUAUGGUUCUCAAUGAACAAGUUGUUAGCAGAGGCACGGUGGAGGUGAAUUCCUUGAACAAUAGUGGUCUCACGCCUCUUGAUGUUCUAUUAUUGGAAGAGGGUGAUAGAGAAAUCGAGGAAAUUCUUAGGCAAGCCACAGCCAGAAGAUCUGAAGAUUUGCGCUCCCUGGCACAGGCAGUAGUGUCUCAAAAUUGGGUUGUAACACCUCAUAACUCGUCAAAUCAACAAUCAAGAACAGAGCAAGCACAAUCUCCAGCUAGACAAUUGAUCGAUUACUUCAAAUACGAUAAGAUUAAAGAGUCACCAAGCAAAACCCGAAACACCCUGCUCGUGAUAGUCAUACUCAUCGCGACUGCAACGUAUCAAGCUGUGCUUAGUCCUCCAGGAGGUGUAUGGCAGGAUGACAACAAUGGCACCACACCACAUACUGCUGGGAAAUCAGUGAUGGCCUCCCACAAUUCAGUCGCAUACUGUUUGUUCCUAGUUUCAAACUCAAUGGGAUUUUUCAUGUCUCUUCACAUGCUAUAUUUUCUCACAGCAGGAUUCCCAAUGCAAUUGGAACUGAAAGUGUCACUUCUUGCACUUACAGUAACUUAUGAUACUUCCAUGACUGCAAUGACACCCAACACUGGGAUGUCCUUCCUUUUUACUAUACUUUCCGUUGUGAUGCCAAUCUUAAUACCACUUGUAACCAUUGUAGUGAGAAAUCACCUCAAGAAGCCAAGAGUUGGUUUACAGUGUACCAGGCAAGAAAGUGUUUGAAGAA